AUGACGCAGUCCCGGCUGUUGCCCACAGUGCUGCUGGCAGCCUCAUCCUGGCUCCUGAUCUCGCUCUUCGGUUCCCAGCAGACCUCCUUCCUGACGGGCACUUCGCCGGCAGGAUCUUCUCGCCAGAGCCGAACUGCCAUGCGAGGCUUCAAGGAUGACUUCUACGCAUGGAAGGAUUCCCUGAGCAAGGAUGAGCAGGCCCUGCUCCUGAAGCAGGCCCAGAACGAGUUCGACAAGAAGUUCCGCAAGAGCGACGAGUUCAGCCAGGACCUGCCUGAGGAGAAGAUCCAGUCCUUUGCCAAGGUCCUCAAGAAGUUCUUCGACAACGAAAAGGAUGACUACAAGAAGGACGCCGACCAGAGGACGCCCGACUACGACGCCCUGAAGAACAAG